AGGAGUCGAUGCUAACUUGCUCCAUUUGCAUUUACUAGACUUCGGAGCGCCGAAGCUGGCAGCAUAAAAGGCCAUGCAAUGCACUGUAGAAAGUAAAAGUGAAGCAAAUUUGCGACCCACAGGUCCGACCCACAUCGGCGGUCCCAAAAGCGAUGCGGCCUCUGGCAGGGAGGCCUCGUCGCCUCGAGCUUCGGGCUUGACGGCUUUCUCAUAUACGGAGUGUCGCUCGCAAGCGGCCUCAGUAAAGCAUGACCAAGACAAACUCAGUAAAAACCAGACGAUUGCUGAUCUCAAGGAUUCAUCCGUGAAAUUGUCUUUGGGAACGAAUCCCCCUGUGCCAGGACAUACCGCGCACGACACAGACGCGCAAUCUAUUAUUCGAAACGUCAAGGAGGGCGCCUGUGGAAGCUAGCUGUAGUGCAGGAGGCAGGUUCUGAUCCACAUUCCCCCCUAAAUAUUGAUUUUGAUAGUCUACCUCGCCGAGGCCCUGGUGCUCGAUUUGCGGAGACGUUCAUCGAGCGAACCAGAUCUCGGGCGGUUCCCGAUGCCCCCAUCGAUACAUCAAUAAACCAAAAGAAAAAAUAUUUGAACGGUGCGUUCUCGGGUGCUGUUGAAAAAUUGCGAGCCGAGUUUGAUUCUCAACCGCCCUCUAACACCUAUAUGGAUCAGGAACCGUCCGUAUGUCUGGGGAUACCAGAGCGAUACUUAUGAACACAGGCUUAGCGCACAAGCGAGUCCGGGUGGUGCAGCUCCUCAUCAUUGGGCUUGUGGGGCUGUUACUGGGUUGGCUUGGAAAUUUUUUCGUUGGAUCCUCGUGCCAUUUUGCUUCAGUCGAUGUUAUAGUGGGCCAAUACUCCAACUCGUUUCCCCUGCAUUUUGGCUUGUGGAAAUACAGUCCAGCGGAUAGCGCGCUUGCCGGCUACACGUACUGUUAUCCCUACAGUGGACAGCACGAGAGCGAUGGUCCCGUUGUCGCCCGCGUUUUGAAUGUUUCGGCCUUGAUGGCGGGAACCUACAGCCUUGUUGUUUUAUGGUGGUAUCUGAUUUCGGGGCGAGCCAAUGGUAGAUUCUGGAGGUGGGCCGUGCGAACGGCGAUUUUGGCUGGGGUUUGCCAAAUAGCCGUGUUGCUCUUUUUCGUCGGCAGUCUUUGCCGAUCGUCGACUUGUCACUUCGGACCGGCCAGCUUUUUGGCAUUUAUAACGUCCGUCGCCUGGUUCAUUCUGGGGUUUGAAUUGCACUACAACAUGCCGACGGUAGAAGAGGCAUCCAUUAAGGAAGACGUCGCGAUAGUAGCGAAUUUAGAGAUGACCGAUUUGCAAGUUGCUUCGAGAGAGUUCAUCGAGCGUGCCUUUCGGUCGAGUCCACGAGGGCAAUAUUUGCCUCCGGACAUUGCUUAG